AUGACGGAUGAUGAUGAUGAUGAUGAUCACGCUCUUAAAUGUACGACUGAACAAAUACUGAUAAAAAGAUUAUUACAAUAUUAUGAACCAAGUGUAAGACCAGUUAUUAAUGCUCAAGCAGUAGUAACCAUUUCAUUUCGAAUGGAAAUUACUCAAUUAUUUGAGCUUGAAGAAAAAACACAAAUUUUAACAACAAAUGUACGUAUUGAACAAAAAUGGAUAGACGAAAACCUUGGCUGGAACCAAUCAGAAUAUGUAGGAAUUCGCGGUAUACGAUUACCAUCACAUCGUAUUUGGUUACCAGAUAGUUAUAUUUAUAAUUCAGCAUUUGAUCUUUCAAGUGAUUCGCCAACACAAGGUGUUGUCAAUGGUCCUUAUGUUAUGGUUUAUCAUACAGGUGAAGUAGUCUUUCCUGUAUUGAUGAAAUUACGUACAACAUGUAAAGUAAAUAUUCAAUAUUUUCCAUUUGAUCGACAAGUAUGUGGCCUUAAAUUUGCAUCAUGGAUAUAUGAUAUAUCAUCGAUCAAUUAUGAACUUGUUUCAAGUACAAGUGAACAACAACAAUCUGAAAGUAUACGAAAUAGUGGUUGGGCUAUACUUGAUGUUAAACAAGGUCUUGUAUGGAGAUCAAAGAAUAAUAAAACAUAUGGAGAAUUAGUUUAUGGUGUUCAUAUUAGUCGUCGUCCAUUAUAUUAUGUAUUCAAUGUGAUAAUUCCAUGUGCUAUGCUUUCAUGUUUAACUUGUAUGUCAUUUUGGUUACCAACAUCUUCGGGUGAAAAAGUGACACUUGGUUUAACAUGUUUUGUUGCAUUUUCUGUGUUUAUGCUUAUGGUUGCUGAAAAAGUUCCAGCUACAUCUGAUACUGUACCUAUUAUUGGUAAAUAA